CCGGGAGCCAGGCGCCGACCCGGCGCCCGGCGCGGGAUGGCGGCCGGGGUGGGGAGGCCGCAGCCAGGCGCGGGGGCUCCCGUGUGAGCCCCGGGGUAAUCGGAGCUGCGGGCGCGCAGGAGCGGGGCAAGCGAGCAAUAGGGAGCGAUGGGCGACUGGAGCUUCUUGGGGCGCCUGCUGGAGAGCGCACAGGAGCACUCGACUGUGGUGGGCAAGGUGUGGCUGACCGUGCUGUUCAUCUUCCGCAUCCUGGUGCUGGGCACGGCGGCCGAGGAGGUGUGGGGCGACGAGCAGGCCGACUUCACGUGCAACACGCAGCAGCCGGGCUGCGAGAACGUGUGCUACGACCAGGCCUUCCCCAUCUCGCACGUGCGCUUCUGGGUGCUGCAGAUCAUCUUCGUGUCCACGCCCACACUCGUCUACCUGGGCCACGUGCUGCACAGUGCGCGCCUGGCUGGCUCGGACCCGGGCCGCGUGCGCAUCGCUGGCGCCCUGCUGCGCACCUACGUCUUCAACAUCAUCUUCAAGACACUGCUGGAGGUGGGCUUCAUCGCCGGCCAGUACCUGCUGUACGGCUUCCGGCUACUCCCGCUCUACCGCUGUAACCGCUGGCCCUGCCCCAACACUGUGGACUGCUUCAUCUCGCGGCCCACUGAGAAAACUGUGUUCAUCAUCUUCAUGCUGGCGGUCGCCUGCCUGUCCCUGCUACUCAACAUGCUGGAGAUCUACCACCUGGGCUGGAAGAAGCUCAAGCAGGGCGUCACCCACCGCAGCGCCAGUCCCCAGGCCCCCCAGGACCACCUCCUGGGGCCCCCCAAGCCUGGAGACGGAACCCCCUGCCCCUCGGCCUCUGGGGGCUCCCUAAGGGGCUCCUCACCGCCAACAGUCACUGAUUUCAAACUGGGAGGCCUGACCAAAGCACCUGCAGGGCCCCCAGGACAGGCUGGCAUCCAGCACCUGCUCAUGGCGCAGCAAAACUGGGCCAACCAGGCAGCCGAAAGACACACUUCCUCCAGGAAGGCCUCCUUGCCUGUGUCCACUCCCACAGCCCUGAGUCCCCCAACCCCUGGCCAGACGCUCCCCCCGGGGGACCCUGAGCCAUUGUUCCUGGGGGACACUGAGCCAGCCGUGGCAGUGGAAAUGUACACACACCCUUUGCUUGUGGCUGAGGCCAGCCAGGCGGGGAAGGUCAGCAGCGGCAGGGUCAGACCCAGCGACCUGGCCAUCUGAACCAGCUGCUCCAGACACUGCUCCCCAAAGGUCAUGAGCAGAGGCGGGGGCCUGAGAGGGAGUCAGAAGACCAGGCAAUGUAGGGAGGAGUGUGGGGGCAGGGGGCAGAGUGUGAGCACCUUUUAUUCCUUAGCUCCUCCAGCAAGAGGUCACAGACCCCCUGCACUCGGUGCUAUCUCUGUUUGUGGCUUUAACUUAGAGUUGAAUUUGGGCUCCCAGCCAGGCAGCCCUAAAAAAAGAUUUCCGAGCAAAGCCCGGGACACCCUGCCUUAGGGCCUCACAAGUGCCUAGCCAGGCCCAGGGGUGGUUGGCCAGGAGCAAGGGACACUGCCCCAGAGGGGGCUAAAUGACAGCUUAGCACGUGGGCCUGAGCUAUUUCUUUUCAAAGGAUCUUUUUGUGCUUUGAUCUGCCUUGUACAGAUGUGCUGGUGUCCACCCCAUCAUACACAUAUACACACACACAUACACACUUUCCAUCUCUCAAGAGAAAUACAAGAAAAACAGUGUUAGCAAAAGCAGAUACUGACCAAAGAACAUAUGGACCCAUCUCAUUACAUGCAAGUUGACCAGUAGAACUUUCUGGAAAAAGAGAUCCUUUAACUUCCUGUGUCAGCCAGUUACUUGAUGAGAUGGACUAUAGUGAAUUUUUUAAAAAGUGGGGUGGAGGGCAUAGGAGAAAUUUCACUGUGUUGCCAAUACUUGAAGUUGUGAAGCUUGAGAAUGCAAGUUUGACUUCUGCUGCCAAAGCAUUUAUUUAUAUGGAUGAGCCAAGGACUUCUUUUUUUUUUUUUUUUUAACCAGACCGAAUAAAAGUCUUCCAGUUUCCUAACCAUUCUGAGCGACUUGUGUGCUUUCUGGGGUGUCAGCAGCAACCUGUGGGUUUGGAAGCUCCGCCUGUCAUUUCACUGGUCCCUGCUGGCAAGGAAGGCCAUUUGUGUCUAUGGGUGUGACUGAAGAGGACAGAGUCCCUUACCGCCACAUACCACUGUCCCUCCUGAGUCACUGCUGGUGUCUGUUACUUUUCUCACCUUUGCAUUACAAAAGGACACAACACGGUUUUUUUUAGUCCCUGAAACUUUAUCACCACAGAUCAACUUUCUUUUUCUUUUUUUUUUAAUUAGGCUUACUGUUUAUUUUACCAGAACACUGAUCAGCUCUGGAUUAUGGUGGUGCAGGGGAUUGAACCUGGGACUUAAGAGCCUCAAGCAUGAGAGUUUCUUUGCAUAACUAUUAUGCUAUCAACCCCCAUCCACAAACCUUUUUUUAAUAUUUAUUUAUUUAUU